AUGGACUUCAACACAGCAGGUAGUCUGAUCAGGAAAAGGAAUCUGAUGUCAAGGGAGAAGGAUGAGUUGAGGGAAGUGGAUCUCCUCAGUAGGCUCGGAAACCCAAGUGAUGGUGAUGACAGUGACGUAGAUUGUUCUCUUAGGCUUGGUCUUCCCAUCACCUCGCAAGGCCAUCCUUACCCUCCACAGGUGGUCGGUAACAACCAUGGCUCCGAUGGCCUUUUGUGCUCAGCAGAUAUCUCCGGCGACGGCAACGGCAACGGCAACAACAACACCAUUAAUGGAUUCAUCGAUUGCUUUGGUGGAUCACCGUUUUUGGCACCUCCUCAUCUUCAUCCUCCUACCAUUCCUAUCUUGUCAGCUCAGUACUAUAAUGGAAAUAAAUUAUGUCUUGCCCCCUCCAAACCAAUUGUCAAUGUGAGCCCAAUGAGAGCCUCCCAGCAACCCAACUUCACUGAACCGCAUUCCGGUGAUAGCUCUGAGAUUGUAAAGAGAUGUGCAUUCUGUGGGAAGACUGAAACACCGUUGUGGCGUAAUGGCCCAAAUGGUCGCAAGACCCUUUGUAAUGCCUGCGGUAUUCGUUUUAAGAAGCAAGAGAAGAAAGCUCUGAGGAUCUCAGAGCCCUACCUGAGUCCCAAACCGAAGUUCUAA